ACGGCAGUCUCGGACUCUGUGUUGGCGGGCUAAGUCGCCCUAACCGAAAAAGGCGGGAAAAUUGUGUGCAGUGUUGGCCGAAAAAUUGUGACUAAAAAAAUAAAAUGUCGAAGCCCGAAGACACAGACACGCUAAAAUCCGACCCCGAACAGCCGGAAAACAAAGAUGGCGGGGCUCUGGAGGCGAAAAUGUCUCUGCUCAACGGAUGCACAGUUAUCGUGGGAUCCAUCAUAGGUAGUGGGAUCUUCGUUAGUCCCACGGGCGUCCUCAAGUACACGGGGUCCGUGAACGCGAGUCUGUUGGUGUGGAUAGCUUCGGGGAUUUUUAGUAUGGUGGGAGCGUACUGCUACGCGGAGUUGGGCACCAUGAUCCGACAGAGCGGUGCGGACUACGCGUACAUCAUGCAGACGUUUGGCCCCUUCGCCGCGUUCAUCCGGCUGUGGAUUGAGUGUAUGAUCGUGCGGCCGUGCUCACAGGCGAUAGUGGCGCUGACUUUCUCGACGUACGUGCUGAAGCCCAUCUUCCCGGAGUGCGACCCGCCAGAGGACGCUACGAGGCUGCUGGCUGCGUGCUGUAUACUGCUGCUGACCUUCGUGAACUGCUGGUCGGUCCGCGCGGCGACGCGGGUGCAGGACUGGUUCACGUACGCGAAGCUCGUCGCGCUCUUCAUCAUCAUCAUCGCCGGAGUCUACCAGCUGUGCAGAGGGCAAGUCCAGCACUUCACCUUUGAGGGAACGACCAGUGACGUCACGUCUAUCGCUCUCUCUUUCUACUCUGGUCUCUUCGCUUACAACGGAUGGAACUACCUGAACUUUAUCAUCGAAGAGCUAAAGGAUCCUGUGCGGAACCUGCCCCGGGCGAUCGCCAUCUCGUGCGCCCUCGUCACCGUCGUGUACACGUUCACCAACGUCGCGUUCUACACCACGCUGUCGCCCGCUGAGGUGCUGGGAUCAGCGGCUGUCGCUGUGACGUUCGCUGAGCGUCUAUUCGGGGUGUUUGCUCUUUGUAUACCGCUGUUCGUCGCUGCGUCUACGUUUGGCGCAGUCAAUGGGAUUCUGCUUACAUCUUCCAGGUUAUUCUUCGCUGGCGCCGCUCAAGGUCAAAUGCCGGAGAUGCUGACGAUGGUGUCUGCGCGCGCGACGCCCGCUGCCGCCGUGCUGGCGGUCGCGUUGCUGUCACUGCUCUACCUCACCGUGUCCGAUAUCUAUGCUCUCAUCAACUACGUGGGCUUCGCUACUUGGUUGAGCAUAGGAGCGGCGGUCCUGUGUAUCCCGGUGCUGCGGUAUACCAAACCUGAGCUGGAGAGGCCCAUCAAAGUCAACCUGUUCUUCCCGAUUAUAUACAUAAUCUGCACGAUCCUGGUGGUGGCGGUGCCGGCGCUGGCGUCGCCCGCGGAGACCGGCGUGGGCUGUCUGAUGAUACUGACGGCGGUGCCGAUCUACCUGCUGCUGCUGGAGCCGCGGACGAGGAUCGGCUCGCUGGGUGUCAUCACUGACGGCGCGACUCACUUGGUGCAGAAAUUGACGCUCUCCGUGCGACCAAAGAUGAAGUAAACAAAACGAGGACAUAUCGGGUAUCCAGUAUUUGUAUUACAUGUUAAGCUGUUGUACGAUGUAUGUAUUUAUAUUAUUGGUAUCAAUACCGACCAAAUAUAUCGUGUAAAUACUUGGUAGGUAAAUACAGUUGUAUAUUCGGAUUUUGCUCGAAGCUUUUGAGAACGAUAUUAGGUUAUAAAUCCUAAUAUGCGGUGCAAAAGAAGAAUAAGAAUAACAACACUGAGAUAUGGUCAUAUAGACUAGAAGCUGCUAGAUCAUAAAUAAUUAGUAAAUAAUGCCAGAGUGUGCACGCCGUUCAACGAAAUUUUAACUCUAUGACAAAGAAAAAAAGAUCAUACUUUGAUCUCAGUAAAAGAUUUUGUGGAAAGAGAGGCACUAUUCACUAUUUGCAUUUCUUUCUAAUGUAAAAAAAAAACAUGUUCAAGUAAUGUAAAUUCUUCAUGCAUCAUUUUCUUUUUACAACUUUUUUUUUCAUAAAAGCUCGAGCAAAAAAUGAUGUACCUAGUAUUAUUCCGGAGAUUUUACAGGCUUUAUAACAUAAAUAAAAUGAGGAAAAAUUGAGGAUUCGACUAGUUUAUUUUAUAAACACAAAUUUUGAUAAACGAUGAAGACUUGGAUAACUAAUAUAAUAUAGUAUAUUGGUUAUCCAUAUUUGACAGACAAUGUCAGCUACAUAUUAUGUAGUGACAUUGUCUGCCAAAUGGCUUUCCCAAUAUGCAAGACAAAGACAGCAAUAUAAAUAAGAUUUUAUUGUGCUAUUCCUUGUUGAUUAAUAUGAGCCCGAAAAUUCAUUUUUUCUCAACGUAUGCCUGUUAUAUCUCCGGAAUAUCUUAGAGUUAGAGUCACUGCCGUAAUAAUGGUUGAAAAUGAUAAAUUCGGAAAUAUACUCUUGGUCGAAAUAGACGAUUUUUGGUUCAGUGUUAUGAAACUGUUAUCAUCAUCAUCACCAUUUAUAAAAAAUGUACUUUCAUUAUAAAAAGUCUUGCUGUUAUUGUAAAAAGUUGUACUUUUAUUAAAAGUACUUUUAUUAUAGUAUCCAAUCACAGACAUAGAUCAAGAUAGAUACCGCAUGUCGCUCCAUUU